UUUUCAGCAAACGUAAAUAUCAUUUAUACGGUUAUUUUGUUUUUACCAUUCUGCUCCAUAACAAUUAUGCUCCAUAGAAACCACAGCAAACGUAUUCUUCUUCAUUCUUUGUUAUUCUGCAACGCUUCAAGAAUUAAAUAUCAGAAAAUGGAAAUAGGAAAUAAGGUUUACCUAAAUAACAUUGACCAGAUAGAUGAAAAAUCGCAUAUCAAGGUUCGGGUGCUUAAAAUUUGGAACUUUGUCAGAAAUAAUAAAGUUUGUUCCAUUGAAAUGAUCAUCAUGGAUGAGGAGGGUACACAAUACCAAGCUCGUGUCUUCAAUCAGAAUUUCUCCAGAUUUCGUCAUCUUUUAAAGGAAGAUGAAAGUUAUAUAGUUAUAAAACCCAAUAUGGCUGCUGUUACUAAUGGUUUUAGUUAUACAGGUCAUAAACAGACCUUAACUUUGGAUUGGAAAAGCAUCCUAAAAAAAUGUGAUGAUUUCUCGGGUCCGGUCAAUGGAUUUAUGUAUAUAAUUCCAAUUAACGUACAAGAUUGUACUGGAACUAUUGGAUUGACUCUUUUUGAUAGGGAAGCAAGGAGGUUGUUAAAUAUAAGUGCCUACGAGUUGAAAAAGAUAUAUGAUGCGGCCGGAGACAGUGAUGCCCUAUUUCCAAUGCAACUUAACGUGUUGAAAAACCGCAAGUUUGGUUUUGUUGUAGAUAUUACAGAAUACAAUGUCAACAACUAUAAUAACAUCUACACAGUUCUCAGAGUUACAGAAGAUAUGUCCAUUGUUUGUGAAUUGGAAAGUAAAAUAGAACUUAUGGAAUCAAACAUUUUUUUUUUUUUAAAUUUGGAUGUGAUCUCACAAACAGACGAAAGUUUUACACCCUCAACAGUUGAUAAGUCAACCGCAACAAGUCCUUGCAAAAUAUCAGGUGAUUUGAAACGCAACCUCCAAGAAAUUUAUGAUGUUGAUUCUGGAUAUGAUUUAAGUUCAACUAAGGCUAAAAGAAAGUCAACCGCAGAGGAAACUCCACUCUUGAUUCCAAAAAUUGAAAAGUGA